UGAACUCAACCUUGAUCCUCGAACCUUGGGUAUGCACUAACUAUUUGACAACUUGUGACCAUUAUUUGAAAUGGUCUUCCUGACCUUGACUUGUUCGUUGCGCUUGUCACCCGAAACUAAUUACGCGAUCUAUUUUUAGGUUGAAGGCUUGAUUUUGGCCUUUUCUCUCAAUUUCACCCUAGAGAGGUUGAUGAAAUUGGAAGAAUUCAACGGACAGUGCUUUUUCUAUUUCCAUUUCAUUGUGUUUUCGUCGAUCUAUCUAUUAACUUGGCCGCUCAUAACUCAUCAGAAGAUUCUUUGUCUGUUCGCAUCAAUCAAGUAUCCCUCACUUAUCAUAAAAGGGGUUGUCAAAAAAGACGAAGGAACAGAUUUGACAGAAAUAUUUCCUUUCGGAGAAUGAAAAUGCGUGGGUUAAACGGGAUAUUUUGCUUCACAAGAAUUCGAACACAUUUGCUCUUGACCGACCACAUAAAGACAAAUAUCGUACAGUGUCUGGCUGAGUGGGUGCCACCACGCUUGCCACUAGGCACAAAGGUAAGACUGAAGUUUUCUUCCUAGACGCCCGGAACCCUCAAGUAGUACCUAAACUACACACUCCAAGCAACCCUCCAUCAGUUUGACUGGUCGCAUUCAAGGGGCAGAAAGUGAAAUUUUUCCAAUCUGAGGGAACUAAAACAACUCCUGAAGCAGUAUCAUCUUUGACUUGAGGUGUGUGAGACGAUAUUCAAAUUCCUAAGUGAAUAUUGACAUCACCUUCACCAUCAGAAGCAUCGCUGCAUCAUCAUGAGUGGACAAAUUGGAACCACCACCACCACCUCCAAAUGGAUGACUCUCGUCUUCGUGGCCUCUCUUUUGGGUUUGUCGAUGGCCGAGGAAACCGAGGUCGAAGGACAAGAAUCGAGAAUUGGCAAUAUUAGUGAGUCAUUCCUAACAAAUAUAUGUUCUUGAAUGAAGCUAGACUAUCUUGUACUAUCAGAUGACCAAUUUGCUGGAAAUUGCGCAUCCACGAUAAACAUGGCUUCCAAGAAAGAUCAUAAAUACCUACUAUGUAAACUAUUGGCAAAGUAGCAAGCAAAGUAGCGGAGACUUUUAUGAGCCGUCCUAAAAUAGUCCCUGAGUAUCCCUUCGAAAUGAAUGAACAAGAAUACUCGCGCACAGUUUGGUCGGAAAAUGAACAUGAUCCUCAUUCCUGAAAAAGAGAUGGAAGGAUAUUGAAGUAGGAAGAGAAAUGAGGAUUUAGUUGCUAAAAUAUUCCACAGGUCUUGGUUAAGAGACGAAAAGCGGGCAAACACACAAAGGAAGAUAUUUGGACCUUUAGGUUUAUCUUGGUACGAAGCGACUCGAGGGGGUUUCUAAUCUGGAGAUUUCCAAAUUUCAUUUUCUCGACCAAGAGCUCCCUUAAGGUCAUAUGAAGAAGCUGACAAAGGGUCUCGAACUCGGCUCAAAGUCAUUAACCUUUUUUUGUCAUCUCCUCUGGCAAAACGGCGUAGCUUGUGGUUUGGUGGUUUUGUGGUUGGUAUGGUCGCAAAAAUCUGCUCCCAAUUUCAAGUGAGGGCUUUGGGUUCCCAUUAUCAGUUCCUCACCCUCCCUGGUUGGCCUUUUCAAAACUUUUUGGCUAACGUCUCUUUGAAUGUUGUGAAAAUAUAUUUUUUUUUCAUUUUCUUUACUACACACUAUUUCCAACAUUGUUAAAGGUGGAUCAUCUUAAUGCACAGAUAUUGAUUAGGUUUCCGUGAUUGAGUCGGAACCCUGUGGAACUUUUGAUUGUAAAUCUCGAAACCUAGUCAACGUUUCUUUUGCUACAGCGUCUCUGUGUUCUGUUCUGUCCUAUUUUACUUUACCAUAAACCUCUUCUUAAGAUCCUUCCUUCCAUUCUUGCCUUAGAUAUUAGUGGUUUGGCCAACAACAACAACGCUGGAAUCAUUGCGGCCGUCAUUGUCUUUGCCAUCAUUAUUGACGCAGUUUUCGUUUGGGUUGUGUUUCAAAAUUUUGGACGCCGCCGUUCGGGCCAAGGUCGUCCCCAAUAUGUGAAUAAGCAAUUCAAUUCGCGCUCGGAUGCGCCUGAAGAUGAGUCCAAUGUCUUGAGCUCACUCACCAAUGCGUAUCAAAGGUCUACCCGAUCUUCAAACCCUGUCUUAUAUUAACCUUUUCACCUCAUUUCUGUUAUUGGCCAUCAUUUGGCUGGUUCUAACCCCAAUCCUGGAUGGCACCGUAACCAUCGUCAGGAGUGACAACAUUAACACAGACCAUUACGAAUCCAACUCACUAUUAACCGAUGACCGAUCAGCAUACAUGACUAACUUUGACUCUGAAGAACAAUCCCUAGCCAUUGGGCAAGACUACGUUUAUGAUGAUGGCAGUCAAUACGCUCCCACAUAUUAUAGUGAGGCCGAGACCGAUGGUCAAUAUCGAUACCAAAAUGACUGGAAUUUUGCCUCCAGAGUCUUCCCAAAUAUCUGGACGCGAAUGAGCCGAAAACUCGAUGGCAUUGAUGUUUUGGACAGCACGUUUGGCUUGAUGAAGAUUGAUUCGGAGACUUGUCGUGCCAAGUCUGUGUGCGAGAUGGAGGCCAAAGCGGCUCAAAGUCCAUUUUUCGCUGUCAUCAUGAGGAGUGCUAACAAAUAUUUGAGUGGGUUGGAACGCUAUGGAGAGGCCAGAUAUUUCGGACAGACUGGUCAAGAUUGCUCCCUGAUUUAUUCUGAAUGCUCCUCGUCGUUGAGGCCUUACUAGAUGGUCCUACCUCACUCCAUGAUAGGCCUUCCCUCGCCACUGCUUCUACUACGAAUAACACGCCACAUUCUCUCUUUAUCGAAAAAAGCUCGACAAGGGGAAACAGCUCACAAUAAAGUACAAAGAAAAUGGGUUAUAACGUCCUUGAAAGUGGGCCUAUGCUACGUUAAGUAUGUGGGAGAAGUUGUAAGGUAUAAUUUGGGUUGAACUUGACAUCCGAUGAUUCUACAUUGAUAUGAAUGCUUCUGAAUGAAAUGAAAUACAA